AUGGGCUGCUGCUUCUCCCGCUCAUCAGGCCCUAACUCGCCCUACCCAGGUGGCGCUCCCAACGCUUCGUCGCGCGCCAUCAAUCCUCCCCCGCUGGCCCUUCCAGAAGCCGUGAGCGGCCCCGUGCCUCAAAUCCCCGCCGAGAGACGCCGUCGCCGUCGCCACGACCGACCUCUGGAUCAGCAUAUCGAUAAGCCUCUGCGACGACACGAAUGGACUUCCCGCGAUCGUACCUGGACAAGGAGAAAGCUGGACCAGGAGCGCGCAGACUUCUUCGAUACGCGAGUCACGGGCAGGCCCGAGAUCUGGCAGACGGUCCAUGCUGCGCUCAAGGUGCUAUGGGACCCUGCGAGUCAAGAUACUCAGGAUGACGGCUCCAACGGCCUUGCGACGGCCCAAAUGAUCCUUUCUGCCGCUGAGAUAUCUCUCCCGACUGGAAAUCUCGCCAACGGCGUGUACGACGCUCUCGGAAACUACUACCAACUGCCCGAAUGGAUUGUCUGUGACCCGCGGAACGUGCAAGAGGAUGACCAAGAAGGCGCCAAAGGUGAUGCUUCGACAGUGGGCGACGACACAGUAGCAGACGACGACCUAAGUGAUGAUGACGACGAGAUUGAGGGCAGAAAACGAGAAAAAGGCAAGGAAGUCAUAGAUGUGCGGGAGCAGGUGAUUCUGCGAGCCAGGCUCAGUGAGAACGGCCGGGAUAUCAAAGUCCGAAUAACAGAGACAGAGUCGGUCCGAAGCGUGGCUAAGAAGAUCGCCCAGGAGGCUGGUCUUGCAUCGACAAAAAAGAUCCGCAUAGCAUACCUGGGCAAGAUUCUCAAGGAGAACUCGUCGCUCUCGGCCCAAAACUGGCAGACCGGCCAUAUGGUCAAUGCCCUCGUCUUCGACCGGUAA